AAAUGGUAUUGUGUAUAUUCCUUAUACUCUACAUCCAAGCUAAAUAAAUUUAAUAACCUUCCACUAGAUAUAUCAAUGAAACUAUUGAAUCUGGUAAUUACACUCGUUAGGCUUAAGAAAAGUUAUCUAUACAAUAUGGAGCGUAUUUUUCAUUAUUGAUACAUUUUAUAUAGAUACCCAGGAGUGUUUGCUAUUGAUUUACAUAAACGGGUGAAUGGAAAUAUUGGAAAUCAAAGCUAUAAUCUAGAUGAUUUUGAAAAAGUAGAAGAAGAUUCUAUUGGUGAAUAUGGAUGUUAUGCAAUACAAUAAAAUAUAGAAAUCACUUAUUAAUUAAAAUUAUGGUUAGAUAAAACAGGAGUGACUAGAGAUAUAUAUUUUACAGAUCUUGCUACAUCUGAGAGUUCUUAUAGAGUUUAUAUUGCAAGAAAUGAUUUUAAAAUAUUCUCUAUAAAUUUAGAUAAAGGAUUUUAUGGUAUUAGCUUAGAUAGUUAAUAAUAAUCAUUUGCCGAAUUGUUAGAUUAUAAUCCUGAUGAUGAUUUUAACCAUCCCUUUCUUAUUGAUGAUUUAGGUGAAAAUAGAGUUUUCAUUAUUACUGCUAAUGGUGGAGCUAGUUUUAAUACUAAUUCUUAAUUAGCACUAGCUUAAUUUAAAUUAGAAACUGAAGUCAGAAAAAAAAAUUACAUAUUUAAUGUUCAUUUUAAUGAAAAACAUAAGUUAAUUUAUGUUGCUUGUGGUCAUGAAGGUUUAGAUGUCUAUAAAAUAGAUAAAAAUUAAUUAAUAUUUGUAUCUUCAAUCUCAACUACUUAAUUGGGUAUACCCUACGGAUAAGUCAUUGAUGUAGAUUCAAAUGGAGAUGAUCGAUUAUAUGUUUUAGACAAAGAAACUGGACUUAGAUUCUAUAAAAUUUAUAAUCUUGAUAAUGGAUAAAUUAAUUAUCUCUUUACAAUUACUAUCUCAAAAACUAAGAGUUUUGAUCAUUUUGAUAGUACAUUCUUUAUUGUUGCUAAAACUGUUAAUAAUUAGGAUUUUGCUGUUGAAGUAUUUGUUGAUUUUGUAAAUGGUGAUUACUUUUUCAAUAAUUAUUAUAUAGAUGAAAUGACAAUUAAUGAUGUCAAUGUAUUUUAAUAUUAUGCUGUCUUAAUUGGAGAUGAUGGACAUAAAAUUGUUCAACAUUCUAUCUAUUCAGGUAUUUCUAUAUAUACUAUCUCAAGGUUUCUUAAAUGAAAAAUUAUUAUCCCAUACCUCAUUUCAAGAUCCAGAUUUAUUUAAAGUCAAAGAAUAUUAAUAUGAAGAAUAAGAAAAUAUUAAUAUUAGACUAUUAGUAGGUAUUGCCAGAUAUGAAUUUAAAUACCUAACUAUUAGAAUGAAUCAUCCUAUUGUAGAAUGUACGUUCCCAGAUGCUGAUGUUAAUUAAUAUUUUGUUCUAUUAAAUUCUACUAAUUGUAAAGGAAAAGAAGAAACACUUAAUCUCUGGCAAUCAUAAUUUACACUCUGUAAUAUAACUCAUUCCUUUACAUUUACAACAACUGAAGUAUAUAUUAAUUAUAUAUUAGAUUCCUGGUAAUUAUUAUGCAUAUGCUUAUUAUACUAUUGCAAUUUAUGUUUUAUUUGUAAUCAUUGUUUGGCUUAUUAUAUUUAUGUAUGUAUGCUUCAAAAAAUGGGGUCACAAGAUAUCCUUUUUAGCAUGGAAAAAAAAAAUUGUUGAUUCAACUGCCCCUUAUAAUCAAAGUUUUGAUGUUAAAGAGUAAGAAUUGUCUGAAUAAAAGCCAGCAUCUUGA